AGCAGGAAGUACACGACUAGAUCAUCCAUCUAAACCACAUGCAGCAGAAACGGAAAAACAAAAGUAACAAAACUCUUCGCAUUCAUGCAGAUGUCGACUGUCUGAUGUACCACUAAACCGAAUCGUGAGACUGAACAUCUACACUCCGCACAGUGGAUGUAUUUGAGCAGACAGGAACAUGGGGCAGGACCUUGGAAAACAUGAGCUGCUGUCUGAUUCCAAGGUGUCUUCAACAGUAUCUGAACACAUCUUGGUGGACGCUUCUGCAGAGUCACAAGAUGAGGUGUUUGGACUGGGCGAGGCGGACAUGAACCAGAACAAUGAUUGCUCUGGCAAGUGUGCAGCGGUGACUGACUCCAUGAACGCUGAAGUACAUCACAGCAGCUGGAAGCAGCUGAGCCCGGACAACCCGAAUGCCUUGGGGCCCCGCCCACACUUGGUCCGCCUCUUCUCUCGAGAUGCUCCGGGUCGCGAGGACAACACCUUCAAAGACCGCCCCUCGGAAUCCGACGAGCUGCAGACCAUCCAGGAGCACGGAGGAGCGGGCUCAGAGUGUGGCUCCGACUGUGCCGAGCAGGACCCCGAGUAG